UUAAUCCCAUAGAUGUCCCAUAUAAUCAAUUCCUCCAGGAUUGGGGAGCCAUCCACGCACAAGUCUUACUAUACAAUCUGGCAUGAUGUCUCUUCUGUGUCCAUGAUAUACAUAUAAGUUUCUCCUCGCAUCCGUCUGCAGUGCCAAUUGUUUUUUUGAAACAUAUCGAGGGUGCCUCCAUGCACCUCUAUGUUGCAGCAUCACCCAGAAUUUUUUGUAACAUUUUUUUCUAGCUGUUGAAUUCCUUUCAUGAGGCUCACUGGUUUCUGUUUGCCACCACAACUGUCUAAACUGUUCUGAUGUGCAACACGGGGCACAAAAACAAUGUGGGCAUUCAUCAGUACCCAAUACUGGUGGAAAUAUCGGAGGGCCCAAUGGAUCAUUAUCGUCACUGUCUACAUCCAUGUCAGUUUUAGUCUCGACUGGUUGGCUUGAUUGUUCACUAUUUUCACUUUCCAAAUGUUGCUUUAAAUCUUCAAUACCAGCUUCUUUCACAGUGAUGCCACAAUGCUCUAAAAAUGUUCGUAUUGCAAGUUCUUCUGUUUCAUCAGUCCAUAUGGCAAAUAUAUAACGUUUUGCAGACAUUUUUGCAUGGAACAAAAAUGAUUAUAAGUAAUUGUUUAUAUGCUGGUUCUGAUAAGAGUUUUGAAUAUACUGUUUAUAGAUAGUGGGGAUGGUCACAUGAGAUUCUACUUCUAAUACAAGUCAAGCUAAGUUCAAAAUACCAUAUUCAUUCUAUCAAAAUACUUGCACACUUUUCAGGAUAAUGCAAACCAGCAAAAAUAAGUAGUUUGGGCACAUUUUGGAACACUUAUGGUAAUUCAUUAGAAAUUGCUAAAAGAGCAGUGGUAGGUAAAUGGGACCUUAUGGCUAUGUGUUGACAGACUUAUGAAGACAUUUCACAAGUGUGUAUCAAAUUAAAGUUAGAUUAUCAUCAUUCAAAGUCUUUUUCAAUGGCAGAUCCCUUGAUCUUUUAGUGUCUGUUCCAUGGAUCUGUAAUCUUCAUCCCAUAAUCAGACCAUUACUUGUAGAUUUAGACCAGCAUGAUCACUUGUAAUGUUCUGGAUAGCUACCUCCUAUGGAUCAUCAUUAUCUAACCGAGGGUGUACCACUUAGUACUCCACUUGAUUAGCUACACUAUAAGCUAUAAUAAUUAAUAUAAUAGACCAUAUAAAUUCACAUUACUCUAUAUCAAUAAGGCACACAAAUGAAAGUUGACAUUUUUACUAGCCAUGGAUGAACACAUUCUGAUGACCCCUUGGAUUUGCCUCAAGUCUCUGGUCACCCCCCCCCCCCAGGAUCACCCAAACUUAAUAGUAAACUAUAAGAUCUGACAACAUGAGUAAGGAAUGAUGCAAGCUGGAUGACAAUAACUUGUUUGACAUUGCUUAGUUGCCAAAUGGUGCUGGAAGUAAGAUCAUUCUUGCAUAAAAAUGAAAUGACUAAGUUAAUAUUUAGUUCCAUGUACAAAAGUUACUUUCCUGUGUACAUUUACAAUUUCACCAGAUCAUUGGUAAAACUGAAGAGAAGAAAUCUUAUCAAAUGACACAUCCCUGAGAACAAAUCUGUCAAAACUCAAAAACCAAAACCAAGCACUUUAUCAGUGAUUUUCUCCUGAAUAAGACACAUCAAUAAGCAUAUAAGCAAAACUAUCAAAGAAAAUGAGUGAAGAAAAGAAAUUCUCUAAUAAAGGGUUGACCUUUCAACUCUAUCUGAGAGGAAAUGAAGUAAGAAAAAAUGAAGUUCUUAGAAAAAUGAGAUUCCUCAAGGAAAAAUCGCUUUCUAAAAAGUUGUCAAAUAAAACUGACGUAAUUGAAGAGGCCCUUGAUUUUUGGAUUAAAAAUCAUUCAAGAGAAACUGAAACGGCACAACCAGCAUCGCAAUUGGUCAUCAAUCAGGACUUUGUACCACUUCAACCAUUUUCCUCUGUUUCCAAGGAUGACACAAACGAAUUGAUGUUUUUAACAACAACAAGUGCCAUAAACCUUCUUGUAGCACAAUCGAGUCAUCACCAAGAACUAUGUAACUCCACUCUUCAAUGGGAGAACAGUACAAUGCAUGGGCACGUCGCCAUUGCUAAUCUUAGAUGUGAGCAUGGACAUAAUAUAAGAUGGACUUCAUCCCCAUACAUGGCAAAUGCUCAUUUUCUUGUUAAUUAUAGAGUGUUCCAUGGUUAUAUUACAUCUGGGAUGAUACCUUCAAAGUAUGAACGAUUCUCUGAAGGUGCUAACAUUGGCACCAUGUCCCAAAGCUAUUUGGACAAUCUUACAAAGGAGUUCGCCAAUAUAAUUAAAUCUUUGAAAAAUGAAUCAUCUGAGAAUGCUGUCGAGUUGGAAAUUGGGAUGUAUCCAAACUUAGAAGAAGGAAUAACCAUCAUGACAGAUGCUAGACACGGUUGCAGAAAGAACGCUAAAGACUGUGAUAUAGUUUGCAUUGGUGAAAAAACUCAUCAAGUCUUGCAUUCAAUCCAUGUUACAAAGAGAGAUGAUCCCUGUUCACAGCGACAUGAAACAUUUGGCACACGCAGAAUGUAUGAUGAUUUUGAGAGGCAAAAUGUGUCUAUUGGUACACACGUUCACGAUUGUAAUGGUGCUGUGAACUGCCUUGUGAGAGAUACUCAGAUAUUUACGGACAACCAAAAUGACUCAUGGCACGCCUGCAUUGCUUUAAAGAAGCAAAUUCAAAAUGUUGCAUCAGGGCCCAAGUAUAAGCAUGGUCAAUCAUGGCAUGCUCAACUGGAAGAUAAACCAGAAGCAAUAAGGAAAUUUGCUUAUACAGCCAUGAAAAAUUGUGGCGAGAAUGCAGAAACAUUGAGAUACAUGCUGGCAAAUAUGACUGAACAUUUCCAAAAUAAUCAUCAAAACUGUUUUGAUCAAUCUCGCUGUCGACUAGAUCCAAACUAUGAACCAAGUACAAUUGUUGUGAGAAACGAUGUUGCUAUUCGACUAUUAAAUGAUACAAUUAAAAAAAGCACAAUCUAUAAAAAUGCACAUAAUUACACAAAGGCGCUUUCAACAGCAUAUGUUGAAAGUUUUAACAAUACACUAAACAUGUUCCAGGAUAAACGGAUUUACUUUCAAGAUAUUCAAUAUGAAAUGAGGACAAAUUUAGCUGUAUUAUACUGGAAUGAGAAUGUGGACAGGGCUUAUACAAGCUUGUUCGAGUCAGAAGCCCCAGACAUUCCCUUCAAGCACCCCAAAAAAGUUCUAACAAAACCAACAUAUUCCUUCAGAGAAAACAUUUGGGAAAAACUGAUUGAAUCAGUUUAUACCUAGAACCAAAGGAUCAUAUACAACAUUGAAUCAAAACAUAUUUUGGAUUUUUAUAUAUUUGGAUAUUCAUCUUCAGUUCUGGAUUACUUGAAUAAUGGUCAUGAACUGGUAAGUAGGCACAUUUUGUCUAUCACUUCAUAACAGAACCACAUGCUUUUGUUUACUUGUCAUGACCUUUGACCUGAGAGCAUAACAUAUUAUUGGUCAAGUUCAAAUUAAAGCCACAUCCCACUGCGAAUAUUUAAUGAGACAUUUAAAAUAUUUCUUUUCAAGUUUGCUUGAAAUAUACUGGAUAAUAUUGGAAUAUGAUUCGACAUUUC